AUGUCUUCUCCUGGUUUUUCGCCUAUUUCUGAAGACGGAGAGGCUGGAGAAGAGCCAGUUGAGGCCCCCCCUCCUCCUCCUUUGUCGGCUGCUCCUGCUGCUGCUGCGUUUGCUGCUCCUCCUUGCCCUGCUCCCGCUUUUGCUGCUGUUGCUGCUGCUGCUGCUGCACUCAGUGCACCUCCACUUCCCCUCACAGAAGAGAGGCUUCAUAGCUACGGAGAAAAUGAACAGACUCCAGCAGCACAAGCUUCAGCACAGGUAGCACCGGUAGCAACACCAGCAACAGCGGCAGCAGCAGCUACUUCUCCUGCAGCUGCUGCUCCUCCAUGGGGGCACCACGAGCCGCUACUGCUUCUGCCCAACUCCGUUUCUGCUGCUGCUGCUGCUUCGCCUGUUCAGCAGCAGCAGCAGCAGCAGCAGCAGAAUGACAGUUCGCGUGCGGAAGCAGCAGCACUGCAGCAGGCAGGGACACAUGCAGCAGAAGGCGGGGGGCUUCCCUUACAUUCUUUAGAAAAGGGAGACAAACAGAAGCCUCUGUCGUGUACCUACUCUGCUGCAGCUGCAACAACAGCAGCAGCAGCAGCAACUACAGGAAAAGGCGGGGGGUUUACCGGUGAUGCCUUGCAAGUUCAGCAGAAGCCGCUGCAGCACCCGAUGCAGCAGCAGGAACACCAGCACCAACAGCAGCAACACCUGCAGCAGCAACAGCAGCAGCAGCAACAGCUUUCUGCUUUGGUUGCUGCCUUCUCCACCGAACGAAUUGCUGCAGUUCUCUCGUCAGUAGACAGCCGGCAGUGCCUCCGCCGCAUGUUGCGGCAGCAGCAGCAGCAGCGGCAACGCGUGCAGCAGCAGCAGCAUCUCGGGAAGCUGCAGCAGCAGCAGCAACAACAGCAGCAGCAGCAGCAGCAGGUGGUGCAUCAUCUGGUUUUCCUUGUUUAUCCCCUGAAGCUUUGCGCUUGCACGCACGCGAAGCAGCAGCAGCUGCAGCAGCAGCAGCAGCAGCAGCAGCAGGGGCCUUGCCUCUCUCUAUUGCUUAUAUAA